AUGACCAAAGCCCCUUUUCCUACAGGAAAUGAGAAGCGGUCAAGUCGCCCUUUGGAGCUCGUGCACAGCGACAUCAUGGACCUGGGUGACGCCCACCCCUCACUUCGCUACGUCCUGACGCUCAAGGAUGACUUUACCAACUACUUGUGGGUAGCGCCGCUAGUUCGCCGAUCUGACAUGCAAGCUGUCUUCACGGCAUGGCACCGCGAAAUGAAGACUAAGCUGCCUACAAAGCCGCUGGCUACCCUGCGCACGGACAACGGGGGGGAGUAUACAGCAAACGCCUUCACAGAAUAUUUGAGUUCCCACGGCGUCAUCCACGAAACGUCGUUACCGCACACCCCUCAGCAGAAUGGAGUCGCGGAACGGGUUAACCGCACACUCAUGGACAAAGUGCGGACCAUGACUACCGGGGCCAGCCUCUCCUCCACCUUCUGGCCGUACGCGCUUGAGUACGCUACAUGGUUACACAACCGCAUCAGCUGCAGCAGCAACCCAUCUGCGCACUCACCGUACUAUAUGAUGACGGGGAAACCUGCGGACGUGUCCAUGGCACGAACCUUUGGCUGCCUCUGCUAUUACCUUCCUCCACAAGGCAGCUUUGGCAAGUUUGAGCAGAGAGGCCGAGCUGGCAUGUUCCUCGGCAUCUCCAACGUUCGGAAAGCGUGGAUCGUGCGGGACAUGGCAAGUGACGUGGACACGGACACUCGGUCUGCUCGCUUCUUUGAUGACCUCAUGUUGCCGGACGCAGACUCUCUCCUCGAACGAGUACUGCUGGAGCUGGAAAUGAUGCAGUCGGAGUCUGAUCCAUCACUGUUCAUCUGGAGGAGGGCUGGAAAAGAUACGGUGUGGCUGCUCACUUACGUGGAUGACAUCCUCAUUCAGUCUAAUGAUGAGGAAGGCAUCCAAGCAGUCAUUCAACACUUGAAGGACAACUUCACCUUGACCGUCAACUCGACCAUGACACAAUUUCUGGGUUUGAAUGUUACUACUUCCCGCAACACCAUAUCAUUGGGACUCACCAAGUACAUCAAACAAGCGUUGGCAAACUAUGGGAUGGAGGAGUGCCGCUCUGGAGUACGAACGCCGAUUUCCAAGGAACCUGGACCUCAGGGGGAGUCACCUGAAGAGGUGGACAAUCAGCGGGUGAUGCAGCAGGUUGGGGCGCUGCUAUAUGUCUCUACAGCAGGAAGGCCAGACAUCACCUUUGCCACGCAUGUGCUCGCCAGACAGGCCAGCAAGCCAACGGCAACAACUGUGCUCGGAAUUCGGCGUGUGUUCAAGUAUCUGCAGAAUACGGCUGAGAUUGGAUUGGUUUAUGGAGAAGGAGACUUGGUGCUUCGUGGAUACACAGACUCUGACUAUGCAAAUGAGGUUGGAUGUCACUCGGUGGGCGGCUAUGUGUUUACGCUGGGGGGAGCUGCUGUCAGCUGGAGGACGAAACGGCAAACGGUCAUCGCUACCUCCACAACAGAAGCUGAGUACAUCGCCAUGUUUGAAGGAGCAAGGGAAGCAGCUCACCUGCGGCGACUGUGUGCCGACCUUGGCUUUCCACAGAGAGAACCCACAGUUCUUUAUGUGGAUAACCAGAGUGCGAUUGCCCUUGGAAAAGGGGAACAAAUGAGUCAGCGCACCAAGCACAUGGAGGUGCGUUACCACUGGACCCGUAAAGCAGUGCGUGAUGGCGUGGUAUGGUUGGAGUACUGUCCAACAACCAAGCAAGCAGCCGAUUACCUUACCAAACCGGUCACCUCCAAGCAGCAUCUCACCUGCAGUGUUCUGAGUGGGCUUCAACCAAUUCCCCCUGGUGUACCAUCUGGAGACAUUCGCCAUGUCAAGAAUGCUGAUGUUGUGCUCACUUGUGCGGCCUCUUCAAGCGGUGCUGCACCACAUGGCGUCACCUAA